CCAGCACUAUUCCGCGAGUGAUUGCUUGUGAAGAGAGCUGGGCGAAACGUUGUUGCUAAAAUAAUUACGCGAUUGAAAAUCUCCUUCCUUUGGUCAUCCGACAAACUGACUGAGACACUUUGGAAUUACUUUUUUUUCCCAGUCGUCCACACACCCCUGAGUAAACUGCUUGGUUAAUCAUUUGCCCAUCAGACCCUGACGAGAAGGUAAUAUGGACCAAGAAUCAUAUCGGUUCGUCGAAGGCGUAUGGAUGCACAACUUCUUUCGAGAUGAAAACAUCCACUCAGCAAUUCAUUACAAGCCCCGGCAAGGUGACAUUAUCGUUGUGACGUACCCCAAAACCGGAACCAACUGGGUAGUGCACAUUGUUUACAACAUUCUGUCACGCGGCAAAGAGCUCCCGAACGUUGGUGAGUUUAGCCUCAUGUGUCCAUUCAUUGACAUUACUGGUGCCGGACCUGCUGAGGAUCCAUCGAGGACAGGACCCAUUUCGACACAUCUCCCGAUGCGAGUUUUUACACCCGUGGACAACGCAAAGUACAUAUAUGUCGCCAGGAAUCCUUACGACUGUGCCGUGUCUUACUUCCACUUCCUGAAAGGAUUUACUCCAAAGACGGUCACCGACGUUUCCUUCGAAAGAUACUUACCCCUUUUUUUAUCCGGCAAGGUAAUUUACGGUGACUAUUUUGACCACCUCUUGCCGUGGUACGAGCGGAGAAACGACACAAAUGUACUUUUCCUUACCUACGAACAACUGAAGGAGGACACGAGAGCUCAAGUGCUCAUGAUUGCCGACUUCCUCUCGGUGGAACACGGUGCUGCGCUGCGUGAAGACAGCGUAAUUCUGCAGAGGGUGCUCGACGCCUGCAGUCUAGAAAACAUGAAAGUCUUCUUCAGCGACAAGCCGACGAACAGAGUGAAAAAAUUGGUCGAAAGCGCGUUUAAGAAAUCUGCUUCAUUUGAAAUGUUGAAGAACAUUCCAACGGAAGCUGUUGAGAUGCACGAGGGUGCUGGGUUCGUGCGUAAGGGAAUUGUGGGUGACUGGAGAAACCACUUUACACAGGAUCAGAUUGAACAAAUGAAAGCCUGGAUAGAUAAAAAGACACAAGGAAGUGACGUAAUGAAACUGUGGAAUGAGUGCGAUCUGCCUUAGAUGUUUAUAGGUUGUUUAGUGGUUUUCGAUUCAAGAAACAGCUGAAGUGAAAAGGGCAUGUUUGUGGCUCCAGAUGAAAUGCAACAAUAAAACCUACAUAUUUGUGUA